AUGAGUACUGUUUUAAAAAAUGACUUGAAUGAACCUCUAUUGCCAAAAUAGGACAUCGAAACAAAAGCCUCAUCAAAUGACAUUAAAAACACCAGCAGAUUAGCCAGAUUUUUUGGAAAUUACUAUCUAUACACAGGAGUACUUGUCGCAUUGUGCUAUGGAUCUCAUAACUUUGUUCUAUAUGUCAGUAUUGGCCAUGCACUUGAACUUAGAAUGCUGUACUUGAUUCAACUGGCUCACCUUAUUUUCUAUUUUAUGUAUCACAUAUAAUACGCCAUUGAAAGCAAGCAAAUGCAUGGAUCAUUUUGGUCAAAAUCUAGAUCAGCAUAUUACAAAGAUGAUGGUACCUUAAACAAACUUGUGCUAUUUAUCAUCUUUGUCCAAUCUCUCCUGUAGUAUGUAUCGUAAUAUGUCUUGUACUAUAUCUUGGAAACUUCUGUAAGAUCUGGAGUAAGUAAUUCCAUCAUUCUUUCAAUACAAGGUACCACAUCAAUCCUCACAGCUAUAGCAUUCUACCUUGUGUUCAAUGAGAAACUGGGUAAAAGGCAUGUAGUUGGGAUCGCUGCUGUAACUCUUAGUAUUGUACUUAUUGCAACAGGAAGAUACGAGGUUGAUGGUAAUACAAUAUCCUAAAAUGCGGGUAUUAAUGAAGCAGAUAGAUUGAGUGUCUUGAUACCAGUCUCAUUAUAAUUAUUCAAUUGCUGUAUAUUUGCUGCUCAUACUUUGAUUGCAAGAGUAGUAAACGUUUCAAGACUAUCCAUAUAUUAGUAUGCUGCUGACUCUCAAUCUUUAGCCUCUAUAGCUUUAACUCUCUAGGCUUUGUUUUAAUAAUUAUAUUUUGAGCCAUACACUUUAUACGAAUUUUCUAUGGUUUUCCUAAGUUCCCUACUUCUUGUUCUCGGAUUCAUUAUAUUUGUGGGGUCUGCUGCAUACGGUAAAGGUGGUCUUUUGUAAGCUAUCCUGAUGAUUCAAUCACCUUUCUAAAUGCUUUUGGAAAUUGUAUUUUUGCAACUCUAUCCUGCAAUUUUAGGAGUCUUUGGGAUGAUGGCAUGUCUACUAGGAGUGCUCUUCAUAAUUUUAACAAAGAAUUGA